UUUUUCGAUCGAUAAAACGAUUUUAUUGCCACUUCACUUUUGCAUGGAUUACUUUUGUUAAGAAAAAUAGAAUAUCGAUUUUCUACUCUUGCCAAGUAUUAUUUCGAUCUUUCUUUUUUUCUUUUAAAACCCGAAAGAGAGCAUUGACCAAAUGUUGGAUUGGUUAUUAACCAACAACUGCUUCUGACGUUUAAUCGAUCGAAUUAAUGAAAAAUAUUCUAUUAAAUUCACGUUAUACGAUAAUACCUGUGAUAUGAUUCUAGUUACGAUAAAACAUACGUAAAUUUUUAUAAAUGUAGAACAUUGUAAAAAGUUAUGUAUGACAAGGUGAUAACGUUGUGGGAUAAUUACAUUGAGAGUUAGAAAAUCGAUAGUUUUUGCGAGAUGAGUGGGGGAGGAUGUUAUAAAAAUUUUGUAGUCUCAUCAAAGGCGAGAUAUGAACUCGCAAUAAUUACGGGCGAUGAGCGUUAUUAACGUAUCUCGCCUGUUCGUUUAAACGAAGUUAUGGGCCACGCCUAUCAUCGUCAUUACCAUCAUAAUUGCAUCGUGUCGUAGACGCUUAUCGAUCGUUCGUCGUUAAAACGAUUGAAACGAUUCUUCCCUCUCUCUCUCUCUCUCUCUCUCUCUUUCUCUCUCUUUCUCUCUCUCUUCUCUUUUCUCUCUUUUAUCUUUUUUUUCUAUUUCUCACGAAGAAGGAAAAAUGCUCUUAUCUUUCCUAAUCGAGUUUAACAGUAGAUACGUCUGAAAAGGGGUGGCUAAAGUCGGGCCUUUAUCCGAUCUCUAGAACGACGAAUCCCGCAGCUUUGUCGACGUCUAUUCCUCGUCGAAAAGAAGAAAGAGAAAGUACUACUACGUCGGAACAUCGCGUUAAGUUUCGAUCUCAUCGCUCCCUUGAAGCUCUUGAGCAACAAAUGGAAGACAUCAAGAUGCCAAAUCACCGUCUGAGCCUAAGAACGAAAAUUCUGCUCUGCUUUUAAAAUCCUUUUCAAAUAAAGAUGUCUUGUAUAUUUAACACGUCUGUUAUCGAUGUAGAAUCUAUUUUAAAUUUGUAGAAGAUUUUUAUUCGAUAUUAGCGUAGAUAUAUAAUCCGUAUAAUUUCGAAACUUCGAAUGAUCUUUUCUGAAUCUCACUGAAUGAAAUGUAUUCUUCUUAGCUAACGUUAUCAUUUUAAAUAAGAAAUAAAAAGAAAAGAUAUUGAAGAUAAAAAGCGACCGUUUCUCUUUUUUUAUACUCGUCGCGCAUCGUUGCCGUGCGUCAUUCGUGAUUUAGAAAUUGUUCUCUCUGCGACAUCGUUAAAAAGUUUUUCGUUGUAAAUAACGUAUAUUUACUUCCUCGCGAUGAUAAAAUGAAAAGUAAAAAAUAUAUACAUAUAAAAGAGAAAAAAACAAAAACGAAAAAAUAGAGUCGACAAAAACGAUGUUAUUUACGUCGUAUUUAUAGCGCUAAUUAAAACAAGUCUUUAACAUCGGUUGUCUCGAAGUAAAGAAGUUACUUUUCAUGUUCACCCUCGUAAGCUUUACCUAAAUACUCGAUAAUGGUGCCCGUAGCAUGGUAGAAAAAAAAAUGGCGGUGAUGUAUAUUCGUUGGUCGCUUGCUCUCUAAUUCUCGACUCUCACGAUGCUUUCAAGCUUUUUCCGCUUCUACUUUUUAUAGAACGCGGAAGAAAAUCCGUUAACGUCGGUCGGUCGGUCGUCGGACGGUCGAACGGACAAACGGUCGGUCGGUCGGUCGGUCGGUCGGUGUAGUAACGAACGAAUUUACGAAUAAAUUUACAUGCCAAGCGGGUUACCACCACCGAACCGUGACGUGGAAUUUAUAUCUUAAGUCCGAUUUCAGAAGGCAAAUGUUUCGUCCAGACUGAACAUCGUCCUCAUCGUCCUCAUCGUCCUCAUCGUCGUCGUCAUAGUUAUAAUUCUCUUCUUGCUGGAGGAUCCUGGAAGACAUUAAAAUUUAUGCCGGUUAUUAAUAUUUCCUUGACUAUCUACGGGCUAGCGUAGCAAAACGCGGCAUCUUCCUUUGACGGGAGAGAAUAAAAAAAAAAAAAAAGAGAGAAAGAAGAAAAAAAGUGAACAGGGCAAUGGAAAGUAACAAAGUUUUCUUAACUCUCCGACGAUAGGAUAAUUAAAUCAUCGAUCGUGACGUGGUGAACGGACAAGAUGUUUCUAACUCGAGUCACGAAGAUGCUGUACGUUGCUUUCAAUCGGCGCAAGAACCGAUCAUCGUCGAGGUCCUUCGAAGGCAGCCUUCCUCUCAUCAGCAACAGAUUGUUCACACGCCAUCGAGAGAACACGAGAGAUCGAGUCACGGAAAGAACGAAGGAACGAUGAACGAGAAGGAAACGAGCGAGGACGAAUUCGGAAAAGAAAAUUCUUGUCCUUUGGUAUCGACUGCUGUCCAAACUGAUUGGGCUGGUUUGGUAGAGGAAGAAGAAUUACUAUCGGUACCGCUUGGUACCGAAGAACACACUAAUGACAGUUUCGAGGAUUUCCUUGCACACGACAUAGAUUUUGAGGAAGUGACGUUACGUAAAAGCGGAAGCGCAGAAAAGCUCGGUCUCACAGUCUGCUAUAGUUCCGGUUCCGGUAGCGAGGACGCCGACACGGAGGUUUAUAUUUCAGAAAUAGUUCCUGAAAGUUUAGCAGCCCGUGACGGCCGGUUACGGGAAGGUGACCAAAUCUUGAGAGUGAACGGAAAAGAUGUAGCUAACAAGGAACAAACGGAAAAUUUAUUCGCCGAAACCAAGAACGCUGUGACUAUACUAGUCAGUCGAUGUCUUUAUCAGGAUGAUGAAUACGACGAUAGGCGUAUUUAUCAACAGGGCUCACCACCAUUGUCGCCGGAAAAUUUGCCAGCUUAUCAGAACAGCAUGAUCGAGCAACUUAUACGACAACAGCAACAUCAGCAACAACAAACGGAAGAACAUACCAAAGAAACGGAAGGAAACUUUUCGACGUUGAAAGCUCCACCUCCUAUUCCAUCUCAUAUGCAACAACAACAGCAACAACAGCAACCACAAUCGCCGCAGCAACAUCAACAACAGCAACAACAACAACAACAACAUCAAUUACAGACUCCGCAACAACAACAAACUCCUUCGAUAUUUUCAACGACCCCGUCCUCCACGUGUUCUUCGCAAAACUCACAAAAAUCAGGUAAGAACGCGACGUCCCCGGCUCAUCACACGGAAGACAGAAAGCAAUGGAUGCAGGACGCGUUAAAGGAUUGUUCAAAGAAGAUCGAGAACCUGUCGUUGCGAGGUCAGCAAGUGGUACCUUCUCAAACGACGAUAAAACUCGUCGAAGCGUAUUCAAGUCACGUCUGGAGCGAAACCGAACAUAUUUAUGAAACGAUACCCGAAUCCGAUAGCGAACCUAUUUAUUCUUCGCCUUACGAACAUCAACAUUGGACAACGCAGCAAUUACAGAUGAAUCAUGGAUCAAAUUCGCAGCAGGUACAAAAUCAUGGGAAUCAAACGAAGCUUUGGCAUUCCUCCUCGAAAAGUAACAGUUCUGGAGAAGAAAAAGAUAGUUCGAGUGCUUAUAAUACUGGAGAAUCGUGUCAUAGUAAUCCAUUAACGUUGGAACUUCAUCAGGGUGAGAGAGAUCAUCACAAGAGCACUCUUGUUCUUUGCCCACCGAAAAGUACGAGUAGCCAACAUUUGCAACAACAGCAACAGCAGCAACAACAGCAGCAACAGCAACAGCAACAACAACAACAGCAACAGAAAAUGGGUUGUAAUUGUCCUAUGCCGAUUAUGUCGAUGACCGCUGGUAAACAAGGUGGUAGUAGGAGUCAAACUACGAGAAAGAGUUCUUCUCAUCAUAAGGAUCGAACGGAUUCUAGUGGCAGUACAUUACCUGCGGACACUAUGUAUACGAACGUAGCUAAUCUCCAACAAACGAUGCUCUUGCAACAACAACUCUUCAAACAAGCUCUAAAUCGAAAAAAUCUCACAGCGAAGGAAACCGGUGGUGCUAGGAAGUCGAAGUCUCAUGGUAACUUUCAAGCACCGAAUCUCACGCAAUAUCAGUUCGUCGGUAGCCAACAAGUUUGUUCCUCGGCCGCUUGGAUGCCACCGGAGGAAAAAUGCGAGGUACAGAUGGAGUGGAAAGUUAAACGAAGAGCCGACGGUACUAGGUACAUUGCUAGACGACCCGUUAGAAAUCGGCUUCUUAGGAAUAGGGCUCUUAAAAUAUCGGAGGAACGUGCUGGACAUACGACGGAGGACGAAACUAUGUCCGAGAUGAAGGUCGGCAGAUAUUGGACGAAAGAGGAACGCAAAAGACAAUUGGAAAGAGCACGAGAACGUAAGCAACGACAGCAAGAAUUGAUGCUGCAACAACAACAACAACAACAACAACUGCAGUUGCAACAUAGUAACGAUCUUUUGAUAUGCGAAUAUAACGAGGAUAAAAUAACUAAGAAACCAUUGAAUAUCGUAGAAUUGAGUCACAAAAAGAUGGCACGUAAAAAGACCACAUUAGACGACUUUACUACUGUACAGGAAAUGUUGGUUCAUGGAAACAGAGUCGGUGCAAGUGGGCCUGGUACCGGUGGCAAAUUAAUGGGAUUAUUAUCAGUUACCACGGUGUAAUUGCUUCUUCUUUUUAAAAACUAGAUUGUUCGCAUGAAUUGUGCAAUAAACCUAUGUGCGCGCAUAAGAUGUAUAUCUCGAAGACAAUUUUCUAUGGAUAUAGAAAAUCAAACUAAUUUAUUAGAAGGACGUAUUGACGACGGUAUCUUAUGUUUUAUCAUCUUCUUUCUUACCUUUGUCUUUUAAUUUUAAUUUGUAAAAGAUAAAUUGAAAUUUUGCAGAUCUAUAUAAUACGAUCCAAAAGUCUGUAAUAUAUGUUUUAGUAUAUGUGUAAUUUGAAAAAAAAAUUCUGAACACAUAAGUUCUAAUAUAUACCUCUUAUUAAAUUAAUUAUUUUUUAAUUUUCAAUAUUAUAAUCUAGCAUGAUUAAUGAUUUUCUUUGAAAUUACACGCCUAAUGUCGUUAAGAUAUCAUCGAUAAUGUCUCUUUGUACGAUAAAGAUUAUAAUAAAGUGUGAUCGAUGUUCGUAGAUGAAAAAGCGUUAAAGUGUGAUAACUAACGAGGAAGUAAGAAAAAGAAAGAGCAUAGGAAUCGUACCAAAAUGAUGAAUAGAGAUUAAAAAAAAGGUAAAAAAAAAAAAAGGAGAAAAAAAAUAAAAGAAUGAAAGAAUUCGUAAUUAUCACUGGAAGUGUACUUUGCGAAGUUUUGCUUAAUGAUUUACUCUCGUGAAUCUGUACAUAUAAAUUAGUUGUACGUUGAUAUUUGUAGAUCGAUUUUUCACAACUUAAGGAAAAAUUUUAAAUAUAGGCCUGUAGAUAUGUAUUAUACACGUAAAAUGUAUGCCGAUACGAUGCUGGUGGCUUGGUUCUUCUAAAAACAAAUUCCAAGUGGUAAUUUGUUAUUUUGUUUUUUUGUUGAGUCAACAAGCCGUUGUAUAUUCGCUCGACGUUGUGCAUUGUUAUAAUCGGAGAUUAUAUAUAAUAUAAUAUAAUAUAUUAUCGGAUGUUAACAAUUUCUCCGCUUAUCCGUGGAAUCUCAAGGAAAUUUAUAUUUCUGGAGCCUCGUAAGAAAUAAUUCUUCGCAAUGACGUGUACAAUCUCUAAUUUUUUAUACGUGUGUACAUUAAUGCACAUAAUGUACAUUGCUCUAUGAAUUAUCCUCCGUUUAAGAUUAUUUUCGACUGAUACGUACGUAUGUAUCUAUGUAUGUAUGUACUUACGUAUGUUACGUGCUGUGCAAAGUAGCGGUAAACGACAAAUCACUUCUAAUCGUUCUAAGCGCAUACAUUUAUUUCCUCGCGGAUACAUGUAUGUACGUAUAAGAUUGAUAAGGAUUAUGUGUAACUAACUUGGAACCGUAUCAGACGCGAUCUAUCACAGUAGGCAUGACAUGUCUGUAAUCUAGAUUAAAUAUUCUUGUCAAAAGCGUAUUCAAACUCUGAAAGAAUUAUCAAAUAAGCUGUGUUUUGUAUGUAGAUGCGCCGUAAUAAUUCUAAAUAUGUGUAAUAUAAAUAACGCUCGAAUAAAAUAUAAGAUAUUGAUAUACGGAUUGCAAACGCACACGCAACAGAGUCAUUUUUCAUUU